AUGAAAUGGGAGUAGAAAAUUGUACUUGCUGUGUCAGAAGCUUCUUCGUAUCUUCUCUUGAUCAGUUGGUAACAAUCAUUAGACAAUAGGCCAAGAACCAACAUCGGUCAUCUGCAGAAUCAUUUUGCUUUCCAAACAAGAUGAAGUUUGGGAAAGAAUUUGCAGCACAGAUGGUGCAAGAAUGGCAGGAAGCAUACAUGAACUACAACCAUCUCAAAACAAUCUUGAAAGAUGUCUUGCGUUUUAGAACGCUAAGAGGCGCACCGUCAACUGUGGCAGCAGCAACCUCACAUGUUUCUUUGAAGAGAAGGGUAUCACUCUAUAGAGCAUUUAGUGGCCUAACAGGCCGGUGUAGAGGCUCACCAAGAAAGAGUGAAGAUGAAGUGAUACUAGUAAGUGCAGUACAAGAAAGUGGAGGAGAUGAGCAUUACCAGACCUUGUUUCUCAAUGCAUCAGAUGAAGGAGGAGAGUAUGAGCUUGUGUUCUUUAGGCGUCUUGAUGAUGAGUUUAACAAGGUAAUCAACUUUUAUAAGAAGAAGGUAGAGGAAGUGAUGGGAGAGGCAGAUGAUUUGAGUAAGCAAAUGGAUGCUUUGAUUGCGCUAAGGAUCAGGGUGGAUGAUCCGGUUGUUGGUGGGUCUAAUAUUGCGAACCUUGCCGUCCCUGGUUUCUCCUCAGUGUCCGCAUCGGCUGUUCAUCCUCCCAUCAACAGCACAAACCCAGGAUGGUCACGUAUGGAGGUGAUUCAAGAAGUUGAGAUGAGCGCAGAAGCAAAUUCAGAGGAUAGUAACAAAGGGACCAUCAAUGAGAAUUCCAAUACCCAGAGGAAAACCAAUGGAUACAAGAAAAAUAUGAAGACCUUCAGACCGGCUUCGUUAGAAGUUCUGGAUCAUGUUAAGAUCAAUGUUGAGCCUGAAACUCCGGUGUCCACAGUAAAGAAUGUCAUCUCAAGUUCAAAAUCAGACUUGUCGUACAGCAAGGAAGAGCUGAGGAAGGCAGAAGAACUUAUGACUCAUGCUUUUGUCGAAUUCUACGGAAAGCUUCGACUUCUAAAAAGUUACUGCUUCUUGAACCAAUUAGCAUUCUCCAAGAUAAUGAAAAAAUAUGACAAGAUCACUAUGCGAAAUGCAUCCAAGUCUUACUUGAAUAUGGUGGACGAUUCUUAUCUUGGCAGCUCUGAUGAGGUUACUAAGCUCAUGGAAAGAGUGGAGGCAACCUUCAUCAAGCAUUUUUCAAAUGGGAAUCAUAGAAAAGGAAUGAACACUUUAAGACCAAAGCCUAAAAAGGAUAGACAUAGAAUUACAUUUUCAAUGGGUUUCUUCACAGGCUGCUCAGCAGCGCUUUUGAUAGCACUCGUUGUGCUUAUACAUGCCAGGGAUAUCCUCAAUAGUGAAGGAGGUCCUAAUUAUAUGGACAGCAUAUUUCCACUUUACUCAUUGUUUGGAUUCGUUGUCCUGCAUAUGCUCAUGUAUGCUGCUAAUAUAUACUUCUGGAAGCGUUAUCGGAUCAAUUAUGCGUUCAUAUUUGGGUUUAAGCAAGGAACAGAACUGGGCUAUAGAGAAGUCCUCCUUCUUGCUUCAGGUCUUUCAGUGCUUGCAUUGGGUGGUGUCCUCUCAAAUUUGGAUAUGGAGAUGGACCCAAGAACAAAAAGCUUCACAGCAAUUACUGAAUUGAUUCCUCUAGCCUUGAUCACUCUUGUGCUUGUCAUCAUAUUCUGUCCUUUCAAUAUCAUAUAUCGAUCGAGUCGGUACUUUCUGAUCCAAUGUGCUUUGCACUGUCUUUUCGCUCCUCUUUACAAGGUUACCCUGCCAGAUUUCUUCUUGGCCGAUCAGCUUACCAGUCAGGUACAAGCUCUCAGGGAUUUGGAGUUUUACAUUUGCUACUAUGGUUGGGGAGACUUCACAACGAGGACGAACACAUGUAGUGGAAGUAAAGUUUUUGAAAGCUUCUACUUUGUUGUAGCACUGAUUCCAUAUUGGUUUCGGUUCCUUCAGUGCCUUCGCCGCCUGUUUGAAGAGAAAGACUCAGGGCAGGCAUACAAUGGACUAAAAUACUUCUUAAUAAUUAUCGCUGUGGCCGCGAGAACAGCAUAUGAUUUGAGAACAGCAUCUGAUUUGAGAACGGCAUCUGAUUUGAGAAGCGGAAUGACUUUGAAGAUAUUUGCUGCAGCCACUUCAGGUGCUGCAACGAUUAUGGCUACAUAUUGGGACAUUGUAGUUGACUGGGGACUUCUUCAGCGAGAUUCAAGAAACCCAUGGCUGAGAGAUAAACUUGUUAUUCCUAACAGAAGUGUUUACUUUGUAGCAAUGGUGCUGAAUGUUGUCUUAAGACUUGCAUGGAUGCAGACAGUGUUAGGUUUUAGACAAACACCUUUCUUGCACAGAAAAGCCUUGACAGCAAUUGUUGCAUGCUUGGAGAUAAUACGCCGUGGCAUUUGGAAUUUCUUCAGGCUGGAGAAUGAGCACUUGAACAACGUCGGCAAAUAUCGGGCAUUUAAGUCGGUACCCCUGCCUUUUUACUACGAAGACAAGCGUGUAUAAAACAUGCAUAGCAAAGAAAAGAGCAAACGACCGGGAUCAUUCAAGACAACAGUAUGAACAAAAUAUCAAAAUAAAUUCAUGAAAUACCCCUUAUCGAUGAAAGAUAGAUACUAUAUAACUUUAUUGUACCGAAAAAGACUGUUAUGGACCCUUUUUUUCAGUGGAUUAUCUUGAGAGAAAAAAUCCAUUUUUUUUUUGGUAGCUUAGUUAGAAUGUCACUGUUUGGAGGAACAAAGAAAAGUAGAUGUAUAGUUGAUGGAGGACUGAAUACAAGUACCAUAAUCAUAUGCAUACACCCCACCAUUUUGCUCU